GCUGCCUAUUGUUGUUUUUGAGCUAAAUUGAAUAAGAAAUAGCAUUGAAACAGCCUGUAAUUAAGCGAAAAUCCAUAUUACAAUACCUUUCAUCUUGUGCAAUGAUAAAGUUGGUAUAAAUAGCGCGUUUCUUUGAUAAAUUUUGUUUGCCCGGCAUCUGUACACCAUGUCCGAUUCUUCCUGUUAUAUCUUGGAUAAUGGAGCUUAUACAGCCAAAGUGGGCUUCUCCACGCUCGAGCCAAAGAUUGUACCUAACUGCAUCAUGAAAGCGAAGUCCGAACGACGUCGGCCGUUCAUAGGAUCUCAGAUAGACGAUUGCCGGGACGCUUCAGGACUUUUCUACAUAUUACCUUUUCAAAAAGGGUUUCUAAUCAACUGGGAUACACAGAAAACAGUCUGGGACUACAUGUUUAGUAAAGAAUGCUGUCCAGUGAACUUCAACGAAGUCCCAUUGAUAGUUACCGAGCCUUUGUUCAAUUUCUCCUCAAUACAAGAGGCUAUGACUGAAAUUUUCUUUGAAGAGUACGAAUGUCAGACUCUUUUGAGGAUAAAUGGGACAGAUUUAGCUGAGUAUAAGUAUAGAAAGGCACAUAAUAAUGACUGUACAGUUAUUGUUGACUCCGGUUAUAGUUUUACGUAUAUAGUUCCUUAUAUUAAAGGGAAGAAGUUUAAAGAAGGCAUAAUUAGGAUAGAUAUUGGUGGGAAAGUGUUGACGAACCAUUUGAAGGAGAUUGUGUCGUAUCGGCAGCUGAAUGUGCUGGACGAGACGUAUGUGAUAAAUCAGGUGAAAGAGGACUCUUGCUUUGUGUCAGAAGAUUUUAUGAGGGACAUGGCUAUUGCUAAGGAGAAAGGAUCAAAAAACUCAAUAAUAAAGGACUAUGUGCUUCCUGACUACACGAGUAUCCGGCGUGGCUACCUGCGGGAUGUGAUGAAGCCUGACGAGGAACUGGAGCAGCAGACCCUUCGGCUCAAUAAUGAGAGGUUCACCAUCCCGGAGCUACUGUUCCAUCCUUCAGAUGUCGGCAUCCCUCAAAUGGGCAUACCUGAAGCGAUCAUGCACUCCAUCGACUUAUGCCCCGAAGAGCACAAGGAGAGUCUCCUCGCUAACAUCCUCCUCUACGGAGGCAACACUCUCUUCCCCGGCUUCAGAGACAGAGUAUACAAUGAUGUCCGCUCAUUCGCUUUAGACCACUUUGAUGUAAAUGUAACACUAGCUGAGAACCCGUUGACCUAUGCUUGGGAGGGGGGUAAGGAGAUAUACAGAGAUACGGAGUUCUAUUCGUUCUGUGUUACUAAAGAGGAGUACGAUGAGGAGGGGAAAGCGUUGGCGUUUGAGCGUUUUGAUAUAUAGCGGCCGAAGCGAGCGCGGCGGGAGACCGUUGCCUCGUGAAAAACAAGAAAAAAUCGUAGGGAUACUAAGAAUCUUACAGAAGAUCCAGCCCAAGCGUGGAUCCAGCUUCGUGCCCGGGGGAGUGGGGGGGGGCACGUGGCAAGGUCCGACCCCCAAUAUGAUAUUGUUAAAGUGGGCCUAGAUCGUAUUCGAAAACUAAGAACUAAAUUAAAUAGUGUUCAAAUGAUGACAACUACAAAAUAAAUCAUAAUGCUCCUUUUUGACACGGCUCAUAGGAGCUUGGGGUCCGCUUUGACAACUAAUCCCAAGAUUUGGCGUUGGCACUAGUUUUGCGAAAGCUUCAAAAUAAAUAAGUAUAGAAAAUUAACUUUAUGUUCGAAUUGGACUUACGUAUCUAGAGAGUUCUUACAUAUUUUUUAUAGGUAUCUUAAGGCAAAUUUCAAGAACUAUAAAACAUAAAUAUCAUGAAAGUGUGUGAAGCGAAAGUGGUUUGUCAGGAUCGCAGUAAAUGGAAAUCCGUGAUCUCUGCCUACCCCUCUGGGAAACAGGCGUGAUUGUAUGUAUGUAUGUACGUGUAUAAAUAUGCUAGAACAAUAACGUAUCUAUUAAAAAUACAACUACUCUGUAUCUCUACUCUUGUGGCCAAAAUGUAGAUAACAUUGAAGUUUAUAAUUAUAGUCUGGUAAACCAUUUCAGUAGAAAACGGUUGUAGAAUAAUUAAUUCUAUAUCAUAGCAUUGGGUCUCAAAAUUUUGAAACUUGCCAGUUUUUGACAGAAGUGGUUUGUCAGACUCAGACUA